AACCCUAGCUUAGCCAUAAACCCUCCCCUCUAUUUCUGUCUUCGGUGCUCCUUCCUUCCCCUCCCUCAAGAAAACACAGCCGACAGCCCAACACCCAUCCCUUCUCCCCCUUCCUCAAGGCAGAACCAAGCGAGAUGGACCACGUAGGCUCCAUGGAGGAAAGGAUAGUGACGGAGCGGAUCCGACGGAAGCUGGAGGAGGUGAACGCUGCCGCUCAGCAGCAUCUCGUCGGCGUACAGGACCAUGUCAACUUCACGAUGCAGCAAGCCUACUUCAAGUGUGCAUAUGAAUGCUUUGAUAGGCGACAAAGUCAAGAGGGGAUCAACAACUGCGUAGAGAACUGUAGUGUGCCUGUCCUUUCUGCCAACAAUGUUGUUGAGACUGAGAUGGCCAAGUUCCAGGAACGGCUGAAUCGAUCUUUGAUGGUCUGCCAAGACAAGUUUGAAGCAGCAAAGCUCCAGAAGAUGAAAACAGAUGCAACCCAGGAGCUGGAAUCAUGCGUGCACAGAUCUAUUGAUGACAGCAUCAGGGUCCUGCCCCAUGUGGUUGAUCAGAUCAAGUCCACCCUUAACAUGAAGUAGAGGAAUCAUAACUUGCCUCAUCAGAACUACAUAGCAGAAUCUUCCAAAUUGUCCUCUUUAGCUGAAUCUAUGCAAAGCCCCUGCCAACAUUAGUAUAACAUAUUCAAUGUGUAUGAUGCUGAGAAUUUUGUCACGAGCACUUUCUGCUGAGAGAUUAUUCAUCUAAAUGGUAUCUCGAUACGAGACUAAAAUGUUGGAAUGUUGCUCCUGCUUA